GCUUGUGCUUGGCUCUUCCUGCUUCCAACCUUGGCCAUUGCUCCGAAUCUUUCCAUCCAUCUACAACAAACUCCGCUCUAUACCCCAAUUCCAUUUCCAUUCCGUCGUCUCGCAAUCAGUCAAAAUGUCUUUCGCACGCCAGGUCUUCGCCCAGGUCCAGCGACGGACCUUCUCCGCUUCUGCUCGCCAGAACUCCAAGGUUGCCGUCCUCGGCGCUGCCGGUGGUAUUGGCCAGCCGCUGUCGCUGCUGCUCAAGCUCAAUCCCCGCGUCAGCGAACUCGCCCUCUAUGAUAUCCGCAUGGCCCCUGGCGUCGCCGCAGACGUCUCUCACAUCAACACUAAGAGCAAGGUUGUCGGCUACGACCCAACACCUUCGGGCCUGAGGGAGUGCUUGACUGGCGCUGAGAUUGUCCUCAUCCCAGCCGGCGUGCCUCGCAAGCCAGGCAUGACCCGUGAUGAUCUCUUCAACACCAAUGCCUCCAUCGUCCGCGACCUCGCCAAGGCCGCAGCUGAGCAUUCACCGGAAGCUAACAUGCUGAUCAUCUCGAACCCUGUGAACUCGACCGUGCCAAUUACUGCCGAAGUCUUCAAGGCCAAGGGUGUGUACAACCCGAAGAGGCUGUUCGGCGUGACCACUCUCGACGUCGUCCGUGCCUCGCGCUUCAUCUCUGAGAUCAAGGGAACCGACCCAGCAACGGAGAACAUCACCGUCGUUGGUGGUCAUUCCGGCCAGACCAUCGUGCCUCUUCUGUCACAGUCCGGCAACAAACUUGAGGGCGAGGCUCUGGACAAGUACAUUCACCGUGUGCAAUUUGGUGGUGAUGAAGUCGUACAGGCCAAGGGUGGCGCAGGUAGUGCAACCCUUUCCAUGGCAAUGGCGGGCGCACGCUUCGCCGAGUCAUUGCUCAAGGCCGCACAGGGCGAGAAGGGUGUUCUUGAGCCCACGUUUGUGGACUCGCCGCUGUACAAGGACCGUGGCUGCGACUUCUUCGCGUCGCUGGUCGAGUUGGGCCCCAACGGCGUGGAGAAGAUCCACCCAGUUGGCAAGAUCACCGACUACGAGCAGAAGCUUCUCGACGUCUGCCUUGGCGACCUGGCGAAGAACAUUACCAAGGGUGUCGAGUGGGCGCGGGCCAACCCAGGCAACUAAGCUGCUUGCUAGCCAAAGCUGCUGGGGGGUUUCGGGAGCCCUUGCGUGUGAGCUGACGGGCGCAGGGAAAGACAAAAACGGAAUUACCUCACUGGACGGGAGAUUAGAUAGAUUUUCUCAUCUGUCGUUUCACGACUGCUACUGAUGCCGAUUCAGCUGCAUGUGUGUGGACGUUACUGCUGCAUAUGUAUGCGUGUGAAUGGGCCUGUGGGUCGCGAGCGUGUUGUGCUGUACUUACGGGGGGGGGUUGCUGUGGACUAUAUAUGGCUGAGGCCAGAACGUCAAACUCUUUGUCUUUUGGCGUCCAGCCUAUAUACAUGUAGUAUAACCUUAUAGUGUAGCCCUCCAACUUUCUCUCCUGUGUCUUGAUA